AUGGCUAAGAUGCGCAGCUCGGCCGUGGCGGUGGAGAUCCCUAUCCCGGAGUAUGACCCCAUCGCGAUGGACUCCAUGAGCCAGGAGCAGAAAGUGUCGGCCCGAGCGAUGACUGCCUUGGGCGCGCACACAAAGAUUUUCCAGAAUGUCCGCGAUGUCCAGGCUCAGAACAUCCGCGAGAGGUGUUGUACAGACCAGUGGUUAGACGAGAAUGAGCGCGAGUGGAUGUGUUUGGACUCCUUGAUGCGCUCGCGGCCAUGGGCGACAAACAGGGAUAAAGCGUUCCCUUAUCCCUUCAGGGAAGCCACGGAGAAGAUGCGAGCCUUGGAGGGUCCCUGGUCUGGAGACGACGACCCCUUCCCGCGCGAGUGGACGCGUGGCGUGGCCGGAGACAAGGUCCUGACCAACGUUCGUCAGGUCAAGGAAUAUCCGCCCGAGUUGCGCUUCAUCUUGUUCACGCCCGAGUUUGGAAGCGUGAAUUCCUUCGCGGCAUCAUCCUGGCAGCAGUUGGCUUCCAGCCACGAUACGGACUUCUGGAUCGUCAGCUGGCAGGGAUGGGACAACUGGACGGAGAUGAUCGAGCAAGUUACUCGCAAGGUAUUGUCUUUUGCAGAUGGAGUUAGUACCGUUUGGUAUGGGCACUCCAUGGGUGCUAUAGUGGCAUACGAAGUGCUUAAACGAUUCGACCAGCGAUAUCGGUCGCCGAAUCUGCCAGUGGCGUUGAUAGUCAGCGGCUGCCCAGCCCCGCAUCUCUUUUCGGAGUCCUACCGGCCACAGGAGAAGCACGACUUCCUUUUGAAGCUUCGCAUACCGAACGACUUCGACAUAUUGACGCAGGAGAAGCGAGACAUCCUGCUCAAAGAGUUUCAGGUGCGGCUCGACAAUCGGCAAGAUGCCCUGCAGGAUGUGACUUCACACGCUGGCAACACCUCCGAGCCGACAGAUGUUCGAAGCGAAGCGGAGUAUCGCAAGGCCAUCGUCACCGAUUUGAAGGUCUUAAUGUCUUACGCCUUCGAGCACGGCGAGGCCAAGGCCGUGAGCGUCCCGGUCAUAGCCAUGGCCCACGACGAGGAUAGCCUCGUCGAGCCGCAGAUGGUGCAGGCCUGGGAAGCUUACGCCCCGAAGCCCGACAGCUUCGAAUUUCUAGCGCUGGAGGAUGUAGCCGAUGGCGAAGUGCUGGUGGAGCAAGGGCAUGGUUAUGCCAUGCGGCCCGUCCCGGAACUGAUCCAAAAGAUCUACGAGUCCAUGCUCAAGCACCAAAUCUCGAAGGAUCUUGCUGCAAUCCUUCCGGACAUCGGGCCCACUGAUGGCGAAAUCCCGGCAAAGACCGAUUGCGUUAUCGUUGGAGCCGGAAUUGCCGGCGUCACCACGGCCCGAGCGAUGGCGGAAGCCGGGAGGGACCUGCUGGUCUUCGACAAGUACGAUGCCAUCGGAGGGAUUUGGACGUACUAUGCCAACAUCUUCUCGCGAGUGAACACUUCGGAGGUCGGUUACCGCAUGGUGAACCAACAAGGCCCCGGCUCUCGUCCCAACGAGGACCAUUCGCCCACGCACGAUAUCCUCCGCGAUUUGUACACAGUCGCGGCACAAUUUUCAAAGGGCAGAUUCCGCUGCGGAGUCGAGAUACUCAAGGUCAAGCAGCAGCAGGACAAGAGCUACAUCGUCACGUGGAAGAGGUUAAAGACCGGUGAGACGGGGAAGAUACAUGCCAAGAGCGUCUGCUUCCACACGAACCGGCGGAUAGGCAAAAGAAGAGAUGUGGACUGGCCAGGGAAGGAGAAAUUCCGAGGUGAGUGUGUGUAUGGCUACGCCAACGAGGUGACUCCCCUGAAGUUCUGGGGCAAGACAGUCAUGGUUAUUGGCGCGGGAGCCUUCGCGUACGAGAACCUGCGCACUGCAUUGGAACACGGCGCGAAGCACGUCACGAUGCUUGGGCGGCGGUCUGGCACGACAUGCCCGAAGUGGAUCGACGUCAUUGCCUUUCUGCGGCCCUGUGAUCAGUAUUACAACACGGACAGGAACGGCAACGUCAUCAGCUUCGAUGCGUGGAAGCAGUGCUAUGUGGACGCCGGGCUACCUCAGCCGGAAUGUUGGGCCGAGGGCCUGCUGAAGCCUCACAACCACACCGUCUCAGUCUCUGACCUUGCUUUCAUUGCUGGCUACCACGGACUGGCCACCUUGAAGGUCGGCGAGAUCGCCGCUUAUCGGCCCGACGGCCAUGGCGUGGUGCUGAAGGCCCCGCCGAGCCCAAGCGCCCGAAGUGCUUCCUCGAUGGGUCCCCAGACACCCAAAGCCUGGAAGGGAUUCCGCGCGCUGAGGAUUCAAGAGGUUUCGCGAUGGUGUUUUUGGGCGUGA